AUGGCUGCUGCACCUGUAGCUCGCUUGGAUGGGGCGGCUAUACAUAUAAAGAAUCUUCUAUUCGUGUUUUCUGGAUACAGUACCAUUGAUUAUACUUCAUGUAAUGGAGAGGUAGAUCAUUGGAGUCUUGCUGUUAAAGAUGGAAAAGCAUUAGAAAAGGAAUGGAGGACUGAAAUUCCUAUUCCCAGGGGUGGAUCUCAUAGGACCACAUCAGGUCCUGUAUCAUCUGGAGGCAUGCCUGGUCCAGCUUCCUUAAAGAAGUCAAAUUCUGGACCACUAAAUAAGCAUGGGGAACCUCUUAAGAAGUCGUCUGGUCCUCAAUCUGGUGUGGUAACACCAACUGGCCGCCAAAACUCUGGACCUCUUCCUCCUGUUCUCCCUGCAACAGGUCUCAUUACAUCUGGACCCAUUUCUUCUGGCCCACUAAAUGCUUCUAGGGCCCCUCUUAAGGUAUCUGGUCCUUUGGAGUCAAUGGGAUCAAUGAAAGUACAAGCUGGUGGUUUUAUUCUAGGUGCAGUCCACAAUGCAUAUCUCCUCAUUGUGGUUGUGAUCCUUUUUGGUGCAGUUGCUACACUAUUCACAUGGAAUACUUAUUGGGGAAGACGAGCUAUUAUAGGUUAUAUUGCUAGUUAUUCAGAUUCUGAGCUGAGGACUGCAAAGAAUGGGCAAUUUGUGAAGGUCUCAGGGAGGUGUGUGGUAGAUUUCUACAUCUCUGAUUUCCAAUCUGGGUUAAGAGCAUUGGUUAAGACUGGCUCUGGAGCAAGGGUGACUCCUUAUGUUGAUGAUUCGAUUGUCAUUGAUGUGAACCCUGAAAAUGAAGAACUGUCUCCAGAGUUUAUUGGGAGAGAGGAACCUUUCAAGUGA